UCCGGCACGCACUGGAACACAUAUCGCGGGCGCCGGGUCGAAAUGACACUCUCACGCUACGAGCUGCCACCCACCCAACCCGGAUAAGUGGCUCAUAUCAUCAUCAUAUCCUUUGCGUUUCGCCUAAACCCCUUCCCUUCUUCAAGAUUUUUAAAUUUGAUCGGAAACUCUAACCCAAAGCAAGCAGCUUUUUGAUCCGCUGACGCCACUCUAAUCCCACAUGACGAUUCCAUACCCCGCCUGAAUCACCCCGUCGAGAAUUGGCUCUAUGACGUCAGUAUGCUCGCUGGGAGUGGGACCUGUUGUUUGUGGUGCAAGGACGAUUCCUAGAACUCGGAAGGAGUCCUUCACCGGAAGCAACAGAAAUGUCGUUAUCUCCAACAAGAAGCAGCCACCGAGUGGCAAUGGCGGCGCGUUGGGUAAUAUAGCGGAGGUGGCGGGGAAGGACCUGACCUUUUUGAAAACGGGUUUGAGCAAAGGAUGGGCAUGGGCCAACAAAGCAUUUCACAUUCCCCAAGUAUCCAAGGCAGCCGAGGAUUUGCUAUGGCUGCGGAGUAUAGAGGAUCCUCAGGCUUCGUCCUUCCAGUUUCCGUCGUGGCCUCAGCCUUACUAUCCAGAACUUUCUGGUGUUGAUUUGUUUCUGGCUGAUCUCAAAGCCUUGGAGGUGUAUUUUGGUUACUAUUACUAUCUAUCCAAGAUGUGGACAAAGCCUCUUCCUGAAACUUAUGAUGCAGAAAAAGUUACAGAGUAUUUUACCUUGAGGCCUCAAGUUGUGGCAUUCCGGCUUCUCGAGGUCUUUACUGCCUUUGUUUCAGCCACAAUCAAAUUCCAGAUCUCCAGGAUCAGUCCUGCUGCAGAUAGUAAUGCUCAUGAGAACAACUCCAACUACAAUUUCGGGAUAGUACUAAAAGAUACAAUGCUAAAUUUGGGCCCCACUUUUGUGAAAGUUGGUCAGUCCCUUGCUACAAGGCCCGAUAUAAUUGGUUAUGAUGUUUCAAAGGCAUUGUCAGAGCUGCAUGAUCAAAUUCCUCCUUUUCCCCGGGCUGAGGCAAUGAAGAUUAUUGAGGAAGAAUUGGGUUGUCCUGUUAAUACAGUUUUUAAGAAUACAUCUGACGAACCUGUGGCUGCAGCUUCAUUUGGGCAGGUUUACAAGGCAACUACUCAUGAUGGUUUAGAUGUUGCUGUGAAAGUUCAACGUCCAAACUUACACCACGUUGUUGUUCGAGAUAUUUACAUCCUUCGUAUAGGGCUAGGGCUUUUGCAGAAAAUAGCAAAGAGGAAAAACGACAUUCGACUGUAUGCAGAUGAACUUGGAAAAGGAUUCAUUGGGGAGUUAGAUUACAACUUGGAGGCACAGAAUGCCUUAGAAUUCAUGGAGGCACACUCUCGAUUCCCAUUUAUUUGUGUACCAAAAGUGUUACCACAUUUGACCAAGAAGAGAGUUUUAACCAUGGAAUGGAUGUUCGGUGAAAGUCCAAGUGAGUUAAUUUCUGCAUCUUCCGAGGAGUCUAAAGAAAAGCUUCUAGAUCUGGUUAAUAAAGGCGUGGAGGCAUCACUUGUUCAACUUCUUGAUACUGGAAUAAUGCAUGCUGAUCCGCAUCCUGGAAAUUUACGUUAUGUACCACAUGGGAAAAUAGGGUUUCUUGAUUUUGGCUUGAUUUGUCGGAUGGAAAAGAGGCAUCAGUUUGCUAUGCUUGCUUCGAUUGUUCACAUAGUUAAUGGAGAUUGGGCAUCCCUUGUGCAUGAUUUGACUGAAAUGGAUGUUAUAAGGCCUGGAACUAACUUACGGCGUUUCACUUGGGACCUGGAAGAUGCCCUGACAGAGUUGGAAUUCAACAACGGUGUUCCAGAUGUUAAAUUUAGUCGGAUACUUGGCAAAAUUUGGACUGUAGCAUUGAAGCACCAUUGUCGCCUUCCACCAUACUAUAUACUUGUCUUGCGCUCUCUGGCUUCUCUUGAAGGACUGGCAAUAGCUGCAGAUCCAACAUUUAAGACAUUUGAAGCUGCAUAUCCUUACGUAGUCCAGAAACUUCUUGUUGACAAUUCUUCGGCUACAAGGAGAAUUUUAUAUUCGGUUGUAUUCAACAGAAGGAGAGAAUUUCAAUGGCAAAAGCUCUCUGUUCUCUUAAGAGUUGGAUCGACAAGGAAAGGACUUCUAUCCUUGGCGCCGUCAAAUGCUCAAAGUUCUCCUGGUCGCUCUAUAAAUGCCGUAUCCCCUGAAGUUAACCUUGCAAACCUGGCCCUGAAACUUCUACCAUCCAAAAACGGCGUUGUCUUGAGGAGACUUCUAAUGAAUGCAGAUGGAGCCUCAUUGAUACGGGCAGUAGUUUCAAGCGAGGCAAGUCCCUUCCGGCAGCAACUUUGCAGGGCCAUCGCUGACAUUCUAUGCGAAUGGAUGUCUAAACCUUUAGGGAAGGGCCUCAAUCUCUCUGAAACAUCACUUUCUACUUCCAACUCCGAGCACAGAUCCAUCCUGAGGGACCGCCGACUCAAAGUUAUCUUCCUCAACUCCUUGAAAUCUGCUCGAAAAGAUCCCAUACUAAUGUUGAAAUUCUGCUUGGCAUCAUUCACCAUGGUUAUUGUCGCUGCAGCUUUGGCUUGUCGCAGAAUGUUAGCUUCUCUCAGUCGGGCAUAUUUGAGUCCUUUAUCCUACAAGUCGAACCAAGUUGCAAUGCCGGCGUGAACUGUUAGCUAUAACUCUACAGGAAUUACUACAGGUUUGGAAAGUACAUAUCAAAUGCUUUGCAGUUGUAACAUUUUAUGUAUUUGUACAGCUCUCUUUAAAAUGAAUGUAUGGUUUCAUUUUGUGAAUU